CUCUCUUAAGCAGAAAUUUGCCAAGUCUUGACCUCCCUUGUCCAAUUCCUUCCUCGAAUCCUACUUAUUUGUUCUGUCGAGAUAUCAUCGAAAUGUCUUCGGAAAUCUAUGAUAUUGUCAUCAUUGGUGGCGGUACUUCGGGCCUUGUUCUGGCCAACCGUCUCUCCGAGGAUCCGAAUUUACAAAUUAUCGUUCUCGAGAGCGGCGAAGAUCGUAGCGCAGAUCCGAAUACAUUGACUCCGGGGGCUUGGCCGUUGCUUUCGAAUUCUCCAGAUAAUUGGACAUUCCAAACGGUCCCACAAAAAGACCUCGUGAGGCAGAUCACAGUCCCGCAGGGGAAGGCUCUCGGAGGUUCGAGCGCAAUCAAUAGCUUUCUGUUCACCUCCACGUCCAAGGCGACGGUGGAAGGAUGGAAGAACCUGGGCAAUGAGGGCUGGGACUAUACCGCGUACGAGAAGGCUCUGAAGAAGUCAUUCACUUUACAUAAGCCCUUGGGAGUGACUGAAGGGAGCGGUCCACUCCAGGUUACACUUGGUACACCUGAGAGUCUUUGGCAGAAAGCCUGGAUUGACGGCCUAGAAUCGGUGGGGUUCCCGAAAACCGAUCCCCUCUCUGGCCAUCUAGGCGGUCCCAAUAUUGCCCCUGAGAGUAUCGAUCCUCGAACGAAGCAGAGGAGCUAUGCUACCAAUGCAUAUCUGGACCCAGUUCGAAGCCGACCCAACCUGACCAUUCGAACCGGAACGAGCGUCACCAAAGUGUUACUCGAGAGACUGUCAUCGACCGACGAUGCUGUUGCUAAAGGCGUUCAGUAUAUCUCCAAGGACGGAUCUUCCCACAGUGCUGGAGUUCGUAAAGAGGUUAUUAUCUCGGCUGGGGCCAUCAACUCGCCCCGUAUUCUCGAGCUCUCGGGCAUUGGUGGGGCUGAUUUGCUUCAACAUUUGGGAAUCGAUGUCAUCGUUGACAACCCACACGUCGGCGAGAACCUUCAGAACCACGUCUUUACCGGACUGGUUUUUGAAGCAAGCGAUGACGUGGAAACUCUAGAUGCUUUCUUCCGCCAGGAUCCCGAUGCCGUAGCCACUGCCAUGCAGGACUAUGGCACGAAGGGGACGGGUCCUCUGAGUACCAGUAACAUGACAACCAUGGCCCAGCUUCCGCUGCCCGAGUUCCACACAGAGGUUGGACGCAAAGAACUUAACCAAUUGUUCGACUUGAGCGCCCUAGAUCCCGACUCAGACUCGGAUACACGGACUACACCAGCCUUCGCCGCCGCACAUAAGACCUUCGUACGCUCAAUUCUCACCGAUCCAUCCGAAGCACUGGGCAACUACGUCUUCGGCGCAGGAUAUGCACCUUUUGACGGUCCCAGUCCAGCCUAUCGUGCUCCCGGCAAACAUGUCUCGGUUGCAAUCGAGUUGUCUCACCCUCUCUCCCGCGGCUCCGUACAUAUCACCAGUGCCUCACCAGAGCACGUCAGCACGAAUGAGGGCCUUAGAAUUGACUCUCGCUACUUGUCGCACCCGCUAGAUCUCGAGGUGCUUGCACGCCAGGUCCGCUUCACCGAGGACAUCAUCAGCCGCGCAGAGCCACUCACGCGUUAUCUGAAGCCGUAUACCAAGCGAUUCACGGACUUGGCCGUGACAAAGGAUUAUGUUCGUCGCACAGUGGAUAAUGCUUACCAUUACACUGGCACAUGCUCGAUGAUGCCACGUGCCAUGGGCGGCGUGGUAGACAACAGGCUGCGCGUCUAUGGUUGCUCCAACGUUCGCGUAUGUGAUGCGAGUAUUGUACCCUUAGAGCCAACGGCAAACCCUCAAGCAGUCAUCUAUGGGAUUGCCGAGUUGGCGGCUAGCUUCAUCAAGGAAGACACACUGUGAGUCGAGGAC